AUGAGCCCUCAACUGAUUUCACAAUCAGCGGCCAAUGGUCCCGAAAUCGGCAAGAUCUAUAAGGACCUUCUUACAUUUGCCCUCAACCCUCCUGUCCCCUUUGAUGAACACAAGCCACUCUACAUUGACGCAGAGAAUCCAACUCGGUCUCUCAGCGCUGGCCGCUUCAGAGCCCUCGUUCGGACCUUGAUUGCGGGAUUGAGGGCACACGGCCUCCAGAAUGGUGACUGUGUGCUUGUCCAUAUGGGCAAUCACGUCAUAUACUCCGCACUGUUCUUCGGUAUUGUCGGUGCAGGUGGUGUUCACAUGGGUGUUAACCCAUCAAGUCAAGCUCAUGAGCUGGAUCACUUCCUCGAUCUGGCGGAACCUAAAUUCAUUAUCACCACUCCGGAAGGACUGCCUAAUGUUUUCAAGGCUACAGUAGCCAAGGGCAUUGUGGCAAGUCAGAUUUGCGUGAUGGAUGAAUGUUCUAUGGCAUUCCUGGAACCAUUCUUGACCAGCACCCACCAUGAGGCUGCGGCAGCAGAGAAUUCCCUUCGUGGAUCUCUGACUGGAAACAAUGAGUCUAUCAGCAGGAGCAGCAGCAGCCAAUGUCUAAACAUCUCCAAUCUCCUGGAGCAUGGAGAAAGCGACUGGAUCUCAUUUGACGACGAGACCACCGCCAAAGCUACCCCAGCUGCAAUGUUCACGACCAGUGGCACAGGUGGCCUUCCUAAAGGUGCCAUUCUCUCACACUACGCCUUGAUAUCUCAGCAUUCGAUCAUCAACUAUGAUGUCCCAUACGAUCCUGUCAGAUUGAUGUCGAUCCCGAUGUUUCAUCUCUUCGGUGCACUAUGGGCCCACAUAUUCCCCAUCCGCUAUGGACAGCCGGUCUACAUCCUCCCCCGCUUCAACCUUGAGCAGUACAUCAACUGCAUAUCCCAGUUCCAGAUCACCGAAACCUACAUGGUUCCUGCUAUGGUGCACGCCUUGAACCGCUACAGUGGACCCAAUCAGGAUGGUCUGUCUUCUCUCCGCUACCUUGGUAUCGCUGGUGCGGCAAUUGAUGCCGCCGCGAUGCUCAGAUGCAAAGCCAAGCUGCACCGUGAUGCCAACGUGUCUCAACUUUGGGGUAUGACAGAAGCAGGUGUUACGUUCCAAAUGCGGUACGGCGAGCAGGAUGAUACUGCCAGUAUUGGCCGUCAGCUGCAAGGCACAGAGGUCAAGCUGGUUGACAGUAAAGGCAAUGAGGUCCGUGCUGACGGGGAACCGGGAGAGAUCUAUGUGCGUGGUCCGGGACUCUUGUCCUGUUACAAGCAAGGAAUCCCAUCCAAGGACCAGGACGGCUGGUUUAGGACUGGCGAUGUCGCAUGUGUCCGAGAUGGAAAGUUCUAUAUUGUCGGACGUUCCAAGGAGCUGAUCAAAGUCAGAGGUUGGCAAGUUGCCCCAGCAGAGAUCGAAGCUGUUCUCCUGCAGCAUCCUUUGAUCGCCGACGCUGCUGUGAUCGGCGUCACCCUCGAUCAAGCCGGACACAACGAGGUGCCCCGUGCUUUCGUUGUACCGACUCUUGGCCUGUCCAAAAACAAAUUGACAGCGGACGAGGUGUACAAGUUCGCGCGCAGCCAGCUGUCAAGCUACAAAGCGCUUGAUGGUGGUGUGAGCUUUGUCGCGGAGAUCCCACGUACCCCGAGUGGUAAGAUCCAGCGGUUCAAGCUCGCCCAGAUGAACUCGUACCGGGAGAUGCUUGUCAAGCUCGGAUGUGCUUCUCCACAGCUGUGA